CCCGAUGGCCAGUCCAGCUACGGUCGUGCGUGCUAUCAGUUAACCCUUCGCGUGCCAACGGUGGCGCGUGCCUAGGGUUGCCGACCCCUGAUUUAUAACUAACUAAUCGCAUUAUGUAGCUGGGAAAAAGUUAUAGUUUAUUUAAGUGAAGCCUUUGAUCCAGAGAAGAAAAUGAUGUUAGGACCUACAGGGGAUCUGAUCCUCAGCCAUGCAGCCCGCCUCCUCUCCUUUCUCCUCCUCACCGUGGUCACUUGGAACCCUGUCCCAGCCUCCAUCUUCAUCACUACCAGCAUGUUGACUCUGGGGUGGGGCUUGUGCAAAAUCCUGCCACUGCUGAGAUUCCUUCUGCUAUGAUGGGUCAUUGGAGUCUAAGUGCCUAACAGUUACAUUUAUUUCUGUAUCUCAAUAAAUCAUGUUGGUUUUUUUCCACAUGAUCUUUCCUUAUUGAACUGUUUUUGUAGAUAAGCUUCAAGCCAGCAAGCAACAAUACCUAAACCAAAAAUAUUAUCACCAGAAGUGAGAAAGUGUCUGGACUACCUCCAGCUGUGUUGCAUGUAUUAAAGAUAACUUCAGACACUGUCUGGUUGUCAUGUCUGAAACAGGCUGUACAGUCACACAGAUAAAAGACAUCAGUCAUGUUUCUAAUGAUAUAAAUCAAGCAGAAAGAUUAUAAAGACAAAAGCUGUGAGACGCCACUAGAGAAAGGAUGGCUUGUUAUCAUUACAUGAAGUGAUUUAGAAUUAAUAUGUAAGCUUUCAGGGCAGCACUCACAACUUUUUAAAACUGAUUACCUGAUGGUAAGCUUACACAGAUAUAUAAACAUACAGGUGAACUCUAAGAGGCUGUGCUUUUACAGAACACAAUUUAUUUAGAUUUUAUAUUUACAAUCAGUUUUUAUUUAUAUAAACAAAAUAAACAUUACGAAACUAGAACAAAACUAUCUUAUUUACAAUAUAAACUGUUUCUCCCCUAUUUCCUUUUUUCUUCCACCCAUCUUUGUCUCUCUGCCUCACAGAAAGGAGACUCCUGAAACUCCUUCCAGGUCAUCUCCUUGGCCAUGCCCUUGUCCCUGUACAGAGAGUGCACUUUUGAAGGGCAGUAGAUAUAUUUCCCUGCCACUCCAGGGAAACCCGUAUGAACAUGUGGGCUAUUUGGUCCCUGUUUCAGGUCCAUGUGGCAGAACCUGCAGAGGCGGCCUGUUUGUUGGGUUUCUGGCCUUUUCCUCUUUUUCUCCAUCCUUUCCUCUGACCUCUUCCUGGUAGCAUCCAGAUCCCUUUGGAAAAAUUCUGUCUGGGCAAAUUCCUCAAAGGGCAUUUUCGGGUUACUGAUUCCCUCAGCAGCAUAAGAAGUUGGAGGAGCAAAUGAGGAACUUGACCACAAAAACAGAGGAAACUGCUAGACCCUCAACACCCAAAAUAUACCCAUGGGCUAAUUUAAUGCCAAGUGCCCCACCCCCACCCUAUGCCAUGCCGGUGAUGACUUUGGAUGGAGGACAGGUGCGAGGGCCUAAAGGACAAAUAGGAACAGUCCUGGGAGGAGUGGUGAAUGUUGAAUACACUGGUGGACACAUAAGGAGACAAGAGGAAGAAGUAAGAGUAGGGGGGCGUCAGCCCUUUAGUGAAGGUGGGAGACUGGAGGCCUCAGCUGCAGAUGAAGGCCCAACCUCGCCACCAAGGGGAAUUAGGAGUGAUAUGCUGACGCCGUCCGAGGAACACCUGUUGGAUCAGCUAAGACAGGACAGACAGGAGGAGGGGAUACACACCCGAGAGGAGGGGCGGCCCACGAUGGAGCUGGGAGCCCGGCCCAAGCACAAGGGAUCGCCAGGUCCGCAGAAGGAAGGACAGGCCCAGAUGAGGAGAUCGGGUGGAGCAGAAAAAAUGCCCGACCGGGAACGCUGGGAAGGAGAAGUGCAUGGUCCUAUGUAUGAGGAGCCGGAGGCAUUGGUGAAGGUGUUCAAAGCAUUGGAACUGGCGAAGAGGAAAAUGCUUAAGGACUGGUCAAAGGAUAAAAUAGAAGAUGGGGUCUCCUGGAGUGAUGAAGAGGAGGAUGGCGAUGAAGAAGAAGCAGCUGAAGAGGGAGAAGUUGAGUCAGACCCAGGUCCAAGCAUAAGGCUGAGAAACCGCGAAGUAAAAAAGGAUGAAGGCGGAAAACAGAAGCAGGCCCCUGCAGGUCGGAGAAGAUCAAUGUUUGGGCCAUCAAAGGGAAAGAUGCAGGUGAAGAAAAAUAGAAGAGUAAUUUUUGAUAGAGGAGUACAGGAGGGACAACUGAAUAUGCCUCUGAUGUCUGGUUCAUGUGGUGAACCAGUGUAUAGAGCAUAUAAAAUCAGAGAUUUGGAAGCAUUGGUUAAACAACUUCCGCCCAUUACAGAAGGAGGGGCUAGUUGGCUGAGGAAACUGACCACACUGACCGAAGCAGAGGAGCUUGCUCUCGGUGAUUUUCGCGGGGUCGCUGGGCGCUGCCUCCUGGGGGGGGGAUUGGCUGAUGUAGAGGGGCUAGCUGGCACCACUACGUAUGCUAAUGACCUCGCUCUUGCUGAGGUCCAAAGUGCCCUGUUUGAUGCUGUUCGUGAAAAGUAUCCAACACGCAACACCGGCACGAUUCCUAAGAUAAUUUGGGACCCUAAAGACACACCAGGGGAGUUCUUAGCUAAGGCUAAGGAGCAGUGGUUGAUGGAGACAGGCAUUCAUCCAGGUAAGGAGGGCGAAAGUCGGGCGUGGUUCCGUUCCGCCGUUCUAGCAGGACUGCCAAAACAGGUCACAGCAGACUUAGAGAAGAAUCCAGAUUUUGCAGUGGCAGACUCUGUGCAGUGGGAGAGGCAUGUGGUGCAUCGCCUCCAGCAGGAACAGGAUUCGGUGAAUAAACAAAAGAAAGAGCUCGAGGAAGCCCAGGCUCUGCUUGUCAAGUUGCAGUUGGGGGAGGCUCGCGACAAACUUAACAAUAAGAAAAAGGAGCUGAAAGAACCAAGCAAAAUCAUGGUGGCAAGGCCCGGGGCUGAUCCGGUGCCUGACUGGCCGGAUUUGGAUCCGAAUCUCUAUCCUGAUGACCGCUGGCCCGCCAACGCACCAGGGCAACGUGAGACCCGCUGGGAAUUGGGGACGGUGGUUCGCAAAGGGGCGUGGUGGAUCCGGCAGGGGCGGACUAAGAGCUCGGCCUCUGGGGUCUCCAGCGGACAAUGA